CGCUGUCUUCCACCCCCCUCGACAAUCUUUCCUUUCACAUCCUUCUUCUUCCUCCCUUCCUUUCUAUCAUUUCUCUCAAAUCAUCUGCUAUCUCAUGAUCAACAUCUCAUAGAAUCAUCACUUUCCAUACACGUUACGAUGUCAAACUACGCCCCCGCCGUGAUUGAGCAAGUCUUCAAUCAUAUCGCUUUACCACCUCGUCUACCUGACCACAGUGAUGACGAUGUGGGAAAGAUAAACGAAGGAAUCAUCAAACACGGAGUCGAAGCUGCGGAAGCUCUCUUUUCACUGACAGGAACCGAGUACCAGAAUGUCUGGACGCUUGUUAAACAGUCACUUUAUCUCUGCGGGUCGAUCCACGAAGAUGGCAACAUCAACCGAUACAGACUUCGAGAUGCAUUCAGCGGGCAAAAGGAAACGGCGUGCCUCAUUUUACAUAUCUCGCAACAGAAUGCCGGGCUUCUGAUUCUGCCAGUCAUAAAAGAUCGUGUCAUAAAAGAGAUUGCUGUAGAAUGCUUCGAAGCUUCACCGACCUCUCAGAGUGUACUCGCCUGCACUGGUGCCUUGAAAUGCGAUUACCCCGGCAGUGCAGUCACAAUCCCGCUAGAUACCUGCCAGAGAAAGUCCUUUCAGGAAGUCCUGGCAACAUUCCUCGAACAGGCCGACGAAGAAUUGAUAGAUCGAUUCGCUGCGAAGUCAAAAAAGGCUGGAGCAACUGUUAAUGAGCUUCGCGAUACUGCUUCCCCAGACCUCAUCACACAAAUGCUCAUGUGCCUUUUGGAAGCUCAUGGGUCGCAGACAGCCGUUCCGAUCCUUCGGAAGAGAAUCCGGGAUGAUGUCUGUUGGAACCACGCCUUUCUCCCAUGGCGGCGGAGUCCGUUCUAUUUGGUCAUUCGGGUUUGCAUUCAGAGGAUGUUAUAUUUUAUCUACGGGCCAGAACAAGGACGUGCGUAUUACAAGGUAUUCAUUGCCAUGGUUCACGCUCGUCUAUUGCAAAACGCCACCGGAAAGCUGCCAGUAGAGCUCUGUCACUUUCUUCGGGCCAAGCUUUGUCGACGCCUCAGCAAACUGGAAGCCGAGCGGUCCGAUGCCUCGUGCAAUACUUACAGUGGGUUGUUAGAUAGCUGUUCUGCAAACUUCUCGGAGAUCAUUCAACAGGCUACACUGUCCAUGGACGCGGAAUGGAGGAAAUUCAAGAAUGCUACUCAAAGGUGUAUACCAGCUCUCCCUCUUCGGGCAGAUAAGAGUGACAUGUGCCUUCAACUUCCGAACAGUAUUGGACACCUGAAGAGCAUUCUAAAUUUACCAUUCAACAAGAAGGCUGCUCAAGACAAGAGCUUAAUUGAGAAAGACCUGCCUAAGAUGGUCAACCAGCACUACCAAAGCUUUUCAGAACGCUACCACGUGGUGCAUACACUGCAGCGCAAAUUCCAGAACCAUCGGCCUGUGCUAGCUCACAAGAAAACAAGCUGUACAGAGAUUGCCGGGUGGAUGAAUCGAUACCUCGAUGUGGUGUCUGUAAUUGAGGGCAAUGUUCAAGAGCUGAGCUUGAUGAUGGUUGAUCUGUUUGAACUGUGGGUCAUUAUGGAUACAAAUGCCGUCCAGCAGUACCCCUUACUGGCAGAGUAUAGCUGUGGUUUCAAAUCGAAAAUACUGGAUGUGUUGCAGCUUUCAUCACUUGAUGAUCUGAUUCGCCUGCAAAAGAUUCAGGAAUACAUUACCAAACGUGAAAAGCAGUCUCAGUUUAGAAGUCUCACAAUCUUUUCCGACCCGAAGGCAAAGGGAUUUUCUGACAAGUAUGUGCGGCUUUCUGCUGAUACGCAGCGCUUUCAAAUGCUAGAACGCGAGAUUCAAAAGGCAUCCGACAAAGCACGAAUGAAGAAAAGCAUAGAGCUGCAGCAGGUCAAUGGGCGGUACUCUCAAUUGUGUUCACAAGUCAUGUUGCCUUGUACACGUCAACCUGGACAGAUUCGCGAGAAAUGCAUUCACUGCAAUGCCAAGAAGAAGAGGAAGAAGCUCAUCAUUUACGCACACGAAGACUUCUUGCCCACCGAAGUCAUACCUAGAAGGGCUGUCCUCUUUGAGCUUGCUAUGCCAGUCGAAUUGGCAGUAUAUCGGGACACUACAUGGAGACUUUUAAGCAGGUUCGGGAUGUCAGAGCAUAGCGCAGUUGCAAAACCAUCGCCACUCAGAGGGCUUUUGCGUGAUUAUAGCUCCCUAAAGCCGUACAAUCAGCAUAAAAGACUGAAGUUUCACUUGGGGGCGAUAACGAAAUCUUUUCUUGUUUCACACUACAAGGGUUCCUCCCUCCCGGCCCCCAGCGACCAGGUGCUUCUACCAUUUGGGCCGGAGCUUAGAUACUAUGACACAAGAAAUGAACGAUGGGCAUCUGCGCUACCCAUGGAUCUGACAUUCGCGCAUCAUUUCGGCCUGGAUUCGUCUGUUCUUGCCCUCAUGGGUCUCCAAGAUGACGCCAAUUUUGCGGCGGGUGCCGACGGACGGUCCUCUUACGAGAUCAUGACUAGGCAGAACGAGUGCCCUGUCAACGUAACGGUCCAUGAGUACACUACUUACCAAAGACUCCUACAAGGCCAGGCAACUAGAUGGCUGUCACUUCUCCGUGAGCUCGGCUCGUCGAAUCUCAAUUUCAGUCAGGAGGCGACAAUGCAUCUUAUAAGCUAUUUAGCUUUACAAGCUGGUCCAAAUCCUGUCCAUACACCCUUGCGUUUAGUACAUGAAGUCUUCGAAGACGCGGAGUUUUGCCAUCAGCUCACCACCCAAGUCGAAAGGAUUUUGAGCCAGAUCUGCAACAACUGGCGGGAGUCAUUCUGCAUGGACAUGUUGCUAACAUUGAUUUUACGUAUUCUCAACCUUGGACCGAAGUCAGUUGCAACGGAAGCCCUUCGACUCUUACAUCGUGUCCGACAUGUUACUUCAGAAUGGGCCCAGAAAAUACGCCACGAAAUUCAAGGCGGUGUCCCAACUGAGACGGUCGAGCGACUGAGCAUUUAUGGUUUACUAUCUGGAAUUCUAUGCAAACAAACAUUUUCAAUCCCUGAAGGCAGAAGCACCGACUACAAUAGCUUGCGGACCUUUUUUGCAGCAUGUCUUGCUGUCCAAGAAAACAUUCAGGAUCCAACACAGCUUCCACCGACGAUCCAGAAGAUUCUUGUGCGUGACCUUAGAGUAACCUCUUAUAUGGACUUGUUUCUGCGCAACCAUCUGCCUCUCGAUCCUAUUUGCAUUGAGUCUGCCAUUAAAACUGUUUGGCCCCAUGCAGCGAGUGACGAGAGAGCAUACGGCCCUUGGAAGAUGCUUCGAAAAUCAGACUGGUGGAUGGAGUCCCAGAUCAUUGCAACAGAAUUCUUUCGAUCACAAAAUGUCCACUAUCAUCCAUUAGAUGGUCAUCUUUUAGUGGAUGGGAAGCCUGUUGGUAAACUCCCAUCACAGUUCCGAGAUUCGCCUAAUGUACAAGAGCUGUUUGGCAACGAACACUUGCUGAUAUUUCCAUCCGCCAUGCGAGGUAUGGAAUUUAUGCUUGCGACCCCAAGGGAGCGCCACACAGUCCACUUUGGUCGAAUCAAAGAUCAGGUAGUUGUACGUGCACAUGUCAAAGGAAACUUUUUGCAUCUUGUACCCCGACAAAGCUUUGGAACAGGGGGGCAGGCAGAUCUCCCAGCGACCCUCUUAAUUGAUUGCUUUCAUUGGCUCAACCUGAAGACAAAUCAACUAGAGGUUCGAAGAAAGAAAAAUAUGUGGUGGUUCAACCGUGUCGGGAAUUGGACGAUUGACAUUCCUACCCGCCAGGCAUUUCGCAAAACCGGCGAUCUUGUGGACCCCCAUAGCGGCCUCUUUCGACAGGUAGCCAAGAUCUUUGACGGGUUCGAAGACAGGGAGAAUAUCUCGGUCAUCCAGCCAACAUCAAGAAAUAUUCUCGUCGAAAUGAAAAGAAUGGAUUUGAGUUUCAACGUGAAUGCCAAAGGGAAUCUGGUAUGCACGCAGCUUCACGCGGAAAUUGACCCAGAUCAAGAUGCCGGCACAUGGUACGGAUUGCAAAGCGGGAUUGUUAUGCGUGAGACAUCCAACCGCAGGCAACGGAGUGUUAUUGUCCCUACUGGGUCACCUCGCUACCAUCGUUGUGGGCCACAUGUUCUGGUAAAGAUGACGAAUGAUGGCCAGUAUGGUCGAUACUUGAUCGAUAGCACACUUGGCAGGUUGAAAUGUGAGCCAGAUCCACUGCUGGUGCAUACAAAGUCCCUGCUGCAUGCACUUACAUCUUUCCCAAUCCCUGAUACUCUCACUGGCCGUACGGGGACGGAAGAAGCAAUAGCCUGCUUGAACUCCGCAUCGAGUCAGCCUUGGAACCCUGUGGGACCAUCUCGAGCAGACCCUCUCAUUCACCUUACUCAGCUUACUCCUAGACGAGCCUACUACCCAGUGCAUCUCAAGCGGCAGCAGCAAGUAUUUUGGGAUAAAGAUCUCACGGUCACGAUCCAGCAUGAUUUAUAUCGUCCUAUUAUCGAGGCCAUGGCGACCAAGUUGGAGCGGCUGGGAAUGUUUGCUUUGGAUGAAUGUUACCAGCUGCAACUUGGCUCAGAAGGCGUGCCUCACCUUAGAGAUAGAAGCUAUUUUCGUCGCCGCAAUUUUGAGCGAGGGGAAUCAACCAUCGUUGGGCUGACACAGCCUAGAGAUGCGUCUUACCUAGGUCGACACAACCGUCAAAACAGCACAGAAAGAGCCAAUGUUUACGAGGUUGUACAUAUUUUGCUGCACUCACCAUCAUACAUCCGGACCCCGUCGUCGUUGGCAGCGAUCUUUGACCAGGCGGCUUUUAUCACCGGGCGCAUCGGCAAACACAACAAUGCUUCGUUGAAUGACAUUCUCAAGGGCAAUUUGAUCCAAGAAUGGGGGCCGCUGACUGAGAUGUGUCGUCAAUAUGGCGAAGGCCGGUAUGAUAUCAUGUUCAAACUUGCGACAUUUGGAUUUGCGAAAGAUGUGAACAUGGACCUUUUGCGAACAUUAGCUGCUGUUUGCAUCUACAGUGGCAUGCGCGGUGUCAUUCUUCCAGAGCAUGCCAAGUACGUUGACUUUCAUUUGAAUGAAAGGCCAUCGUUGGGGUUCAUCAAGGAACUAAUCCACUCAUACUCGAAGAUAUCCUCAGAAUCGUUGCGUCAGGCGAUCAAGGAACACAGGGUGGAUUCUUCGACAAGUUUCACAGACUUCAAUAUCAUGUUUCAGCGGGAAGCUCAUAGACUCGCCACCAAGAUCCUGGAUCAAUGGCCAAGCCAAUUCAUAACCCGUCCUCAGAUGAAGGUAAAGACAUUUAGAAUGGACGCCAUGCUAAAGUCAAUUGAAACGGAUUGGCAACGACUUUUCAGAAACAUGGAAUUCGAGGAAUAUCUUUGCAAAGUACAAGAGGUCCUUGACAUGCACCAAACAGAUUAUGGAAUUUCUGUUCCAGAAUGUAUAGAUGCGUCAGCAUCAUACCCCAUUCCCCAUAGGACUGCAGCAGUUCCAAGUAUGGCGAGUCUCUUUUCGAAGAACAGAUCAGCUGAAAACCAUCGGCACAAAAGUAUGCAAGGCCCUGCAUCUGGCCACCUAUGGCGCAAAGGAUCAUAUGCAAAUCACUAUCCCCCGACGCAGGACGGAGAAAGGAAUUCCAACAUACGAAAGGGCUCUCGCGAAACUCGGGAGCUCAGGGCUUUAGUUGAUGAAAUGAUGCUAUCGGCGUCCAAAGGCAGACAAGCGUAUGCUCACAACUUAAAGAGUAGCUUAGACGCUUUGGAAAGUUAUCAAGCGCACCAGGGCUCAAGCACACGAGUUACAAGUCUAAAUUACCUGGAGGAGGAAAUUCCCAAAUCUCAGCACUCGGUGCAGCAGCAGCUUUCAAGAUUUGUUAGAUCAUUAACAGCAUCUGAUGCUCGUCACAGGUGGCUCUCGGCAGGACAGCUCUGGCCCUGUCUGACUCCUAUCACCAUACUGCAACGCCUACGAUCAUCUAGCCAACAAGUCUUUGGAAGUGGAAUGAAAGAAGCCAUUCUCGACUAUGGCGUAGCGGUCACUCAACUGCAGCAGUUAUUGCGAAUUUGCGACGCUGUCAAGAGGAGUGAUUCUCAGCGCUCACGGGACGAAUUCGAGAACAUGGGACAUGAAAAUUGGCAGCCCGAGAGAUUCCCUGACUGGCUACUCAUGGAGAUUGAUGCCAAUAUACUCAUUCGAAAAACGCAAGUGGAUGUUGCACUUGCGACAAUAUCCCCUUCCUCGGGAUCGAAUUCUGUUCUUCAGAUGAACAUGGGUCAAGGCAAAACUUCGGUGGUGAUGCCCAUGGCCUUAUGUGUUCUUGCGAACGGGAAGAACCUCGGGCGCCUGAUGGUCCCCAAGUCUCUCCUUCUGCAGACAGCACAGACCAUUCAAUCCAGGCUUGGGGAUUUGGUGGGCCGCGAGGUUCUUCACAUUCCCUUUUCGCGAAAAUCUCCCAUAGAGCCGGCGGCAAUCCAAGAGUACGGAGCGCUCCAUGAAAAGGUUCUGGAAAAUUCGGGAAUUAUCUUGACGCUCCCGGAACACGUUCUUUCAUUCAAGCUGAGUGGGUUUCAAUGCCUCUCGGAUUCCAAGAUCCAGUCGGCUAGCGCCAUUAUAUCUACCAAUUCCUGGUUGACGCGCGUCUCCCGAGACGUGAUAGACGAGUGUGAUUUCUCCUUGGCCGUCAAAACACAGCUUAUUUAUCCUAGUGGGUCGCAGUUGUCCUUGGAUGGCCAUCCACACCGAUGGAGAACGGCGCACAUACUACUAGGAAUGGUUGAGGAGCACCUGACAGAUCUUGAAACCGAAUUUCCUGGGAGCCUUGAGGUUGUAAGACGUCCAAAUGGCGGCUUCCCCUUCGUCCAUAUCCUCCAGCCAAUGGUCGAAGAAGCUUUGCUCACGAGACUGACAAGCGAUCUGUGCUCUGGUAAAACUAACAUUCUUCCUUUAGUCCCGCCGCACAACCAGGAUGCGGUGCGGAACUUUAUAUCUCAAGUCAAGCUUGACGAAUCCGCUUGCGAGGCUGCGGUGCAUUGUUUCAACGGAGAGUCCACCGCCCUGAAGAACCUAUUUCUGCUACGCGGAUUGAUCAGCCACGAGAUUCUCUUGCUUUGUCUGAAGAAACGGUGGAAUGUGCAAUACGGGCUGCAUCCAUCUCGGAGCCCAAUCGCUGUGCCUUUUCAUGCUAAGGGUGUGCCAUCUGAGCAGGCUGAGUGGGGACAUCCAGACGUGUCUAUUCUGCUUACCUGUCUCGCAUUCUACUACGAUGGAUUAUCGGUUGAUCAGCUGCGUCAAUGCUUGCACAGUCUGUCCGACUCCGAUGACCCGGCUGGAGAAUACGGCCGUUGGGGAGCAUACGUGCACAACCUUCCUGCUUCGCUGCGACAUUGGAAUUUGAUUAGCAUUGACGACGACAUGCAGGUUCGAGAGAUCUGGUCAUAUCUUCGAUACGGAGUGACGUUGAUUAAUUACUUCCUUGACCACUGUGUCUUUCCUGUUCACGCCAAGCAGUUCUCCCAGAGGCUCCAGUUGUCCGGAUGGGAUGUCCCGAUAUUCUCAACGCAGGAGAAAGAACCCGCAGUGCACACAACAGGGUUCAGUGGAACAAACGAUGAUCGAUUUCUCCUUCCCCUCACGAUCAAGCAGAAUGACCUGCCGGCAUUAUCCCACACUAAUGCAGAAGUCCUUUCAUAUCUGCUGCAUUCCCGAAAUCGAUCAUAUGUUGUGGCUUCGGGCCAGAAUGGCAAGCGUCUCACAGAAGAGCAGUUCAUCCGAAAGCUUAAUGCCAUGAACAUUCGCAUUCUAAUUGAUGCUGGUGCACAUAUUUUGGAACACAGCAAUCAGGGUCUCGCGCGCAAAUGGCUGGAUAUCGACUACAAAGCUCCUGCGGCGGUGUACUUCGACUCUGGUAGCAAACCUUGGGUCAUGGAUCGCAAUUACAAGGAGGUUCCUCUUCUUGCAUCUUCGUUUACUAAUGAUCUUGAUAAGUGUCUUGUGUUCCUGGAUGAGGCCCAUACCAGAGGAACAGAUUUGAAGUUUCCGCCCUCGUCGCGGGCAGCGCUGACGCUGAGUUUGGGUCAGACCAAAGAUCAUACCGUGCAAGCCGCAAUGAGACUUCGGCAACUGGGAACGUCACAGUCGGUGGUUUUCGUUGCAUCGCCCGAGGCCCAUCAGAGUGUCUUGGAUGUUCGUCGAAAGUCGUCAAAGGACGCGAUUGAUUCGACUGAUGUGAUCGCCUGGCUCCUUGAGCAAACCUGUCGCCAUCAUGAGCAGCUCCGAUCGUUGUAUCUGGCCCAGGGAUACGACUUUUGUCGGCGGACCGAUGCCGCCUUCGUGAAUGAUCAAUUUCUGAAAGACCCAGAGCACCGGAAUAGGUUUCUGGAUACAUUGCUCCAAAAAGAGGAACAUUCCCUCAAGGAGAUUUAUACUCCCAAUCCGAGAUUCGACGCUUUCGCUGGUGGCACUUACAUGAGCCAGAAGAUUAUCAAGUUUGGCGAAAGUCUUGAUAGCCAACGUCUUGGACAUGGCGCCUCCUUGAGCACCGCGUCUACGUUUGCCUUUGCAGAGGUUGAACAAGAACGCGAGUGCAUGUACCAUGUUGAGCAAAUUCGGGAAGCCCAGCGACCUACACGCUUUGCGCACUGUGUCUUCCCCGGAUUGCAUCCCGCUAUCAGACAGUUUGCUCUUACAGGCCGUCUCGAGGGAUCAAUUGGCUAUGAAACUCCAUUCAGGGCUCUUCAACAGACAACCUUAGGCAGGAAACAUCGUUUGCGGAUCGAGCAACGUUCAAGACUCUUUAUUUCGGACGAGUUCACGCGGACUAUCCAGCUUCGCCAAGAAGGAUACUGGCGUGAAGACUUUCUGCGCCCCGUGCACUGGCUCCUUUGGAGCCCGGAUACAUCAACCGCUAUCAUCCUCAUCCCCGAAGAAGCAGAAUGUGUGCUAUCGCUCCUCAAGCCACUUAACCCAUCACCGACCCACCUCUUGGUAUACGCUGCCCCAUUCGCAAAGACUAUGGUCCACUUCAAUUCCCUGAACUUCUACGCCUAUCCAACUCUCCCCAAGGAUCACGAAUUCCCAUCAACUCUCAAGAUCGAGCUCGGACUUCUAUCCGGCUGCCUCUUCUUCACAUACGACGAGUACACCGCCAUCGUCGACUACCUGAACCAACAUGGAAAUGGCGCGAGAGAUAGCGCCAUCCUGAUCUUCCUUCAGCAAUGGCUGUCGGUGACCCGAAAGGGUCGCGAGUUUAGCCACACGCCGAUGGGGUAUAUUUGUCAGAAUCGACGGCUGGAGCGGACUCAUGCGGUGUUUGUGGAUAGGAGUGGCGAUGUGGAUGGGGAUGUUGUUGCGAAGAUGGGGCGGCUGCGUUUGGAUACGGAGGGUGGGGAUGAUAGUGGAGAUGAUAUUGAUGUUGACGGUGAUGUUGAUGGAUAUUUCGAUUGAGAUGGGUAGAUUUGGUUGGAGAGUGGUUUGAAUUGUGUGGCUUGGUUUAUUUUCUGGUAUUCAAUCGUGGAGCUGUCAUGUCGUGGUCGAAAGUUUGUUGUCAAUUGUGGAAUUGGAGAUUGAGGAGCAUGCUCGAUGAGAUUCACUCUGUUCAAGAUGAUUGCUACAAAUGGAAUGCAUCCAUGAGUAUGUGCUGUUUUCUGUCUGCGAAAUUGG